UGCUGUUUGGGUUGUCCACACGACCACAUCACCGUCAAGAGCCACACCAGCAUCAUGAGGUUGAGUACUGCGGCCUCAGUAAUCAUCUGCUGCCACGCUGCUGCGACGUUGAAUUCGUCGCAUGCUUUCGUGGUUUCCAAAAGUUCCAUCCGAAGGGCUGGCGCCCUGUCGGAGGGGCGAGAGAGCGCGGUCGCCGCUACAAUGGGCCAGAUGGAGCAAGUUGUUGACGGGCCGGUGGUAGAUCUCAGGGGGGGCAAGACGACGGGGUCGAAAAAGGGGAAGGAAUCUUCGGCAAAAAGCAAGAGCUCCAAAGCGUCCAAGUCCAAGAAGGCGCCCAAGAAACCUUCCUUCAUUGCCACCAUCAAGGCCUUUUUCCAGUCGCUCGUCAACCCGCAUUUUGCCUUGAAACUGCAAGCGAAAAAGGAGCAGCACAACACGGUGCACGGAUCGGGCUCUGCAUGACGCCGCUGCUCCGCCAUCGCCGACAGCACCAGAUACUUGAAAUCCAUACUCGUUCUUGUGGGUUUUUACGGACGAGGUCGACUGAUUCCCGGACAAAGAUGUGGGCGAGGCGUGUCUAGACGCAAGGUUAUCCUUGCCGUGGAUCCGUGCCGCUCGAAUGUACCACGCCUUCCGCUGUGCGUGACAUUCGGAGCCGACUGCCAACUUUAUCAGAACGUAGGAAUGGUGCUGUUUCGGAUACAUACAAUGUAGUUUGACGCGUUCACCGAUCAAGCCACCACUUGUGUAGGUAGGACCUCAAACCCUUGCAAGAGAGUUGGCACAAAAAAAUGUAGAGGACAAGGUCACGCGUGCUUAGUCCUUUCUCGUUCACCCAGCAGGAUAUUUUAUGUGGUGGUCGAAACCAUCAUUCCGGACAAUGGGCCGACCUAACUGUCGGUUGCAGUUUCGGCAUCAAUUGUUGUUUCCAACAAAGUUUCCGUUGUUUACGUCGUUGUGUGAAUGGGGCUAGCCGUCCCGGGGCAAGUGACCAUGAGGAACCGGUGGCUACCAAUGUGGUUUCGAUUUUGAGAAGAGGAGGUAUGCUGGCUGCGCUUAUCCUUACAGGUGGAGACGUCCGCAUGCUUGCGACGAGAAGAACUCACACGGCCUGCCAACAUAGGUGGCGGUAGAAAAGUGGCAGGGUUGUCGUUCAGGUCGCCCAACUCUGGGGUAUCAAACCGCACGAGAAUUCGUCAACGGUGACGUUCACUUCAAUAGAAUGGUCGGCACCCGAACGGUUCAAACAACGAUUGGGUUCUUGCGAGGUACUAUAUCGGUGUUGCGAAUUGAGGUGCGGAUAUCGAAAUCACCAGGCAAUCACCUGGCGAGGCAGGCGAAACAUGUUUUGGGAUUAAGGGGUAGGAGCCCUUGUCCUGUGAAUGCACUGGCAAUGUAGGAUCUGCAAAGAAGCAGAAGCCUGCUGGCCCACGUGCGAGGUGCAAUAGCGCGGUUUUGAGACCUUGAUUUGUUGCGAAGAGCCACCCAUGUGUCGCAAGACAAUGGGAAUAGGAAUCACCUGCCGAGCUAU